CUCGCCCCACGCGCUGCAAUUCGUGAUUGGAGAAGAAACACGUUUGAAACGAAAGGGAAGCACGUUUGAGAAUUCUGCUUUCGGUACCAGUACAUCUACGUACCUCCGUACCAACCGUACAAGUCUGAUCGAUUCGUGGGUCUCCGCCGUCUUUUUUGUUCUGCUUCGAUGCGCGUGCCGGGUUUCAUCGAUUCACACUUUCGGCACGUGAUCGAUUGGGAAGAAUUCCAAACCCGAAGCCGGCGCAUGCGUUCGAAGCGCAGCGGAUUGGCACACCGAUCCCCACCUCCCGUGAAAGAAAUGAACCGUCGCCGUCACCGGUUCCCAUCCCCCCUGCGAAAGAGGAUGGAAGACGAGAAGCAAACCAUCCGGUUUGAGGUGCUGCGGCGAUUCGCUCCGGCGCACUCUUAUUUGGACAAGAGAUCGGCAUCCGUCGAACGCAAAAAAAAACAACCAGGGACCAUGGUGGCUAAGAAAAAGAUCAACCGGAAAAAGACGGGCAAGGACGAGCAGGAGGAAAAGCGGUAAGCCAUCGUCCCAGGUGUCGUUCCGAAAAGGAUUCACGCACCCAUUUCUCAAAACUGCUUUUUGUUUCUCCUCGGAUAGAAUCGUCGUCAUCGACCAAGACAAAGUGAAACCGAAUUCCGAAGCCUUCAAGUACUUCAAACGCCAUGCCGGUGGCUGCGGGAAACAGGGCUGCAUCUCCAUUAUUGGCAAGAAGGUUGUGGUUUCAGAAUACGCCUGUGCCGUUUGUGUCAACCGGUGCAAACAGGCCCCAGGCGACGCCGUUUCGGUGGUCAAGCUGCCCUCCAAUCUCACCACGGACACAACCCAUCGGUACGGUCCCAACACGUUCAAGCUGCAUGGACUCCCGGUACCCCGACCCGGUCACGUACUCGGGUUGCUCGGAACGAACGGAACGGGAAAAUCUACGGGCCUCAAGAUACUGGCCGGCCGUCUGAAACCAAACCUUGGUAUCUAUGCGGGAUCCUCCGAGGGAAGCCCCCCCGAGUGGUCCGACAUUGUGGCCUACUAUCGUGGAUCGGACCUGCAAAACUACUUCAAGGGACUCGUCAACGACAAGCURUCGAUUGCCAUGAAGCCUCAACUGGAAGCGAGGUUUACGAGGGCCCUAAAAGGAAAGACGGUAAGGCACCACAUGGAAAUCCGGGACGAGCGAAAAAUGAUGGAUCGAUACGCAAAAGACCUGGACCUGCUCCAUCUCCUGGACCGAAACGUGGAAGACCUGAGCGGGGGAGAACUCCAGCGCUUCGCCGUUGCGUGCACCCUCUGUCGGAAGGCCGACGUCUACAUGUUCGACGAGAUCAGCUCCUUCCUCGACGUCAAGCAGCGGCUCCAGGCCACGACGCUCAUCCGCUCCCUGGUGCACGAACAGGAAUCUCAAGUCGAGGAGUGGCCCGGCGAAGCCCACGCGGCUUCAAAAAAGUACGUGAUCGUAGUGGAGCACGACCUGGCGAUUCUCGAUUACAUGUCCGACUUCAUCCAGUGCAUGUACGGAACGCCCGGGGCCUACGGCGUCGUAACGGCCCGCAGCCGGGUCCGGAACGGGAUCAACCAGUUCUUGGCCGGGUAUAUCGCCACGGACAACAUGCGGUUYCGGGACCACGAGCUGACCUUCAAGGUCACCAGCAUGGAUUUCAAUGCCUCKGGCAACAACGACGACGGCGACGAAGAAGAAAAGAAGGACGAGGGGAAAAAGAGAAAGGACGACGAAUCCUCGUCGGGGAACGUCCUGCGAUACCCAAGCAUGAGUCACACCCGGUCUCGAAAAAACGAAAAGGGCGAGAUCGUCUCGUCGUUUACCCUCCACGUAGAAUCGGGAUCCUUCCGGGACGGUGAGUGCAUCGUUCUCCUGGGUGAGAACGGGACCGGGAAGACUACCUUUAUGGAACUUCUUGCCGGAAAGACCCGAGAGCAGCGGGGAAAGGAAGCAGCGAUUGGUUCCUACGAUGCCGACCACUACAAGGGCGGGGAUCACAAACCCAGCCUGGCCGCCCUCGGGGUGUCCUACAAGGUCCAGGGCAUGAACCCCAAGGUCCGAAAAUUCGGGGGCACCGUCCAGCAGUUCCUGGAGCAGGAGAUCAACCGGUCCCUGUCGGAUCGGCUCUUCCGACUCCUGGUCCUCCGGGCCCUGAACCUCGAGGAACUCUUCGACCUACCCGUACGGAGCCUGAGCGGCGGAGAAAUGCAGYGCCUCGCGAUCUGCGUCUGCCUUGGAACACCGGCACUGGUGUACCUGAUCGACGAGCCCAGUGCCGCCCUCGAUUGCGAGCAGCGGAUCGUCGCGGCGAAGGUCAUGAAGCGGUGGGUGGUCAACCACCUGGGGAGGACCAUCUUCCUAGUGGAGCACGAUUUUGUCAUGGCCUCCGCCAUGGCCGACAGGGUCAUCGUGUACCAGGGCAGGCCCGGCAUUGAGGCCACCGCGGGGUCGCCCACGUCGCUCGCCGACGGCUUCAACCGCUUUCUGGAGAAUCUAGACGUGACCUUCCGGAAGGACCCCAUCAACUGUCGGCCUCGGAUCAACAAGAAGAACAGCCGGAUCGACAAGAUCCAGAAGCAAAACGGAGAAUACUACAUGUUCGAUAUUGUCGAAGGAGGGGACGAGGACAUMRACGACGACGACAUCUAGCGUUGUUUCUUAGCGAGCGACGAAUCGAACGCACUAGGCCCAACUUACGACAUCAAAAACUAUUUCAGCUAAGCCAUAAUUCAACUAAAUUGCGCACAACUAA